UAUAGUGAGGCUUAAUGACCCGAAUAAUAUUAUAUAUUUAUUAUAGUGAUAUGAUAUGAUGUCUGAUGAGGAAGUUCAAGCAGAUGAUAACGAAAGUAAUGGGCAGAGAGAGAAAUAAAUACAAACAACUUCUAGAAAAGAAAGAGAGUUAAAUGAGAUCAUAUUCCUUCUUCUUCUUCUCAAUCUCAUCAAAUCUUCUUCCUUUCAUUUCACACUUCAAUAUUCUUGGGACUACAACAUCACCAUCUAACUAAGUGCAACAACUCAAUCUGUCUAAUAUAUAUUAUUAAGCAGGUUGAUUAUAUUUAUUUUAGAGCAAAAGAAUGGAUAUAGAGUAUCAAGAGGGGUACAUAAGGAAUUCAAGAGGAGUUCAGCUAUUUACUUGUAGGUGGUUGCCUUUUUCUUCUCCAAAGGCCCUUGUUUUUCUCUGCCAUGGUUAUGGAAUGGAAUGCAGUGCUUCCAUGAAAGGUUGUGGGACAAGGCUAGCAUGUGCAGGAUAUGCAGUGAUAGGGAUUGAUUAUGAAGGACAUGGACGGUCAAGAGGAGCCCGGUGUUAUAUUAAAAAGUUCACCAACAUUGUAAACGAUUGCAGCAACUUCUUCAAAUCAGUGUGUGAUCAGGAAGAGUACAAGGACAGAGCAAGGUUUUUAUAUGGAGAAUCAAUGGGAGGAGCAGUUGCACUACUCAUCCACAAAAAAGACCCGACUUACUGGAACGGUGCUGUUCUUGUUGCACCCAUGUGUAAGAUAUCAGAGAAGCUGAAACCACAUCCAGUGGUAGUUAACAUGUUGACAAGGAUAGAAGAGAUUAUACCUAAAUGGAAAAUUGUCCCCACGAAAGAUGUCAUUGAUUCUGCCUUUAAAGAUCCAAUCAAACGCGAAGAGGUGAGGAACAACAAAUUGAUAUAUCAAGACAAACCCAGGCUUAAAACAGCUCUAGAGAUGCUCAGAACCAGCAUGAGCCUGGAAGACACCUUAAAUGAGGUAACAUUGCCAUUCUUCGUGUUGCACGGAGAAGCGGACAUAGUAACAGAUCCAGGAGUGAGUAGAGCAUUGUACGAGCAAGCAGGUAGUAAAGACAAGACAUUUAAGCUAUACCCUGAAAUGUGGCAUGCUCUCACAUCUGGAGAGCCUGACCACAACAUUGAGACUGUCUUUUCUGACAUCUUCUCUUGGCUCGAGAAACGUAAUGUUGACUUCAGUAGUAGCAAUGGUGAUCAUACAUUCUUCAAUACUACCACCACCACCGCCACUGUCAGCCCAGUUCAGCACAACUCUAAGAAUCCUCCGACGUCUGAGCAUCCCUCGGAAAUCAUUGAAGUAGACAAGCAACAACUAAAGACACGGACGCAUGGAAGAUAUCUCUGUGGGUGGAAAGGAAAACGAAUGCAUCAUCAUUCAGCAAUGUAGUGUACGCCUCUCAUUUAGCGUACGCAUUAUAGCGUCCCAAUUGUGUUUGAACUCCUUGUCACGUGCUAGUCGAAAGUUAAAAACAAAAAGAAAAGGCUAAUAAAACAUAUGAUCUAAUUCCUAUUUAAUGGUACUCCAAUUCAAUUUAUUUGA